GUUGGAGCAGGAUUUAAACAAAACAGGGCUUCGGUGUUGAGUUGAGUUUGACAGCCCCGAUCUAGAUGUACUAAAAUGCAGCACUGCGCCAUAACUUUGUCUAAAAAGUAUUAUUAAAUAAAUUAAUAUGAUGGAUUUAUAUAUAUAUGUAUAUAUUAGAUCAAAAACAGAUUGGCUUUCUGGCUCCUCAUCCUAGGCCACUGAUUUAUGUACAAAAGACAGUGUACUGUUCGAGCAGUCGCGUUUAUUAAUCUCAUCUCGGUUUAUUUAUUUAAUAAUUUGUUUCGUGCUGUGUCUGUGCAGAACUCUAGGCAGUGCUGUCGGGCUGUGCGGCGCGCGCUCUGACGCGCGGCUGCUGCUGUUGCUGUGAACUGCAUGGAUGUGAGACACGCGCCGGAUACGCGAGGAGAGAAGAGACAGACAGCUCUCUUGACAACGUUAUAAAAAAAAAACCGGAAAGCCUCCUCUUUGACCUGAUUCACGAGUAGCAGGUACUAUGCGGUCGCGCUGUGCGUGCGCGCUUGCGGCUCUGAGCGCGCGACGAUGUAAAAGGCAGCGCGUGCGGAUUCUGCGGCAGCUGUGAUCGGGAAUAACUGGGAUAGGAAAACUCAGCGAGGCAUGGAAAAGCACGCUGAUCACUGAGCAAAUAAUCAUCCAGACAAUCAUUCACAGACGUGUUCAUUGUGCGCGCCCCCAGGCGCUCCGUUCUUCGAUCGAUUCCCACAGAAGAGACACACAGAGCAUAUGAAUGUGAACGGGUGCGUGCGCUGCAAGUGAUUCCGUAGUUCUGCCCUGCUCCGUUCAAAGGCUGCUGAGAAGACCUUACAGACAGGAGCUGAGCUAUACUGGCUCUGAAUGAAGUCUGUGUGCUGCUGGAUUAGAAUGUUGUGACGAUAACAUCAGCCUGACUCCGCUCUGACUGCGGCAGGUGGGAGCCCAGGGGUCAGGUAACGGUGACACUGGGACAUUUCUGUGAGUGAGGGCUGAGUCAGGAAUGAAGCAGUGCUGAUUUUUUUGAUUGACGGACAGCUCGGUGGGAAACAAGGCCUCGAGAGAGAGCGAGGGUCCGAUAACAGGAGUGAAAGCGUCGCAACAGCAAUAUCAUCUUUCAGUCUUUACUGCCACUCGUCUUUCACAACUUGGCCUCUGCGGUAGCACCGUUCUCCUCUGUCGCUGCCUCUUUGGGGAUGUAGAAAGACACGGGACACACGCACGGACACAUUCUUGCAUGCUGCCGAAGAGGAAAAACUGGGGAAGUGUCUUAAGGUCCUUAAUAGAUAAACUGUGUUAAACGACACUGCCGUCACAACUAUUGUUUCCUGGUUUUAGUGUUUCAAAGGGACUCAUAGUACCAUGAGUGUUUAGGAAGGUGCUUUCUCUGACUUUAUAUGUUCCUGUGUAACAUCGAAGGCCAAUGCGUGUGGCUCGAGAGCCCAUCAUGGCCAGACCGCUGCUUAAGAUCCACCGCUAUUUCCACCGUAAACCGAUACGCUUUUUCUCUUUCAUCCUCCUUUACCUCACUGCUGGAAGUCUUGUUUUCCUGCACUCCGGCUUCUCCAGCGAUACUUCCACUACUGGAGCUUCUGGAAGCGGCCGUGACCCACUUAUAUCUGAAGGUGGGGGCGGCACAGGUGCUGGGAGCUCUUCCUCUGAUGCUCUCGGGCUCCUAGGAAGAGUGUUUAAGGAAACAAGAAGAACCCCCCGGAGAUUUGGACCACCAUGGAUGAAGGAAAAUGGGGCACAGGAUGCACCGGAGUGGGCCGGAAGAGGAUUCGAUCAUACCAGCAGCUGGAGCCAUGGAGCCAAAGGAAGAACCACCAAAGAGAUGGACGAUGGGAGAGCAAAGUACAUCGGAUGUUAUGUUGAUGACACACAGAAGCGGGCUCUUAGAGGGGUUUCCUUUUUGGACUACAAAAAAAUGACUGUCUUCCGUUGCCAAGACAACUGCGCUGAAAGGGGUUAUCUCUAUGCGGGUCUGGAGUUUGGAGCGGAGUGCUACUGUGGCCAUAAGAUCCAGGCACCCAACGUGUCAGAGAGUGAAUGUAAUAUGGAGUGUAAAGGGGAAAAGAGUAACAUCUGUGGAGGACCUAAUCGACUGUCCAUAUACAGACUGGAGUUGAGCCAGGAGUCAGCCCGCAGAUAUGGGAGUGCCAUCUUCAAGGGCUGUUUCAAGAGGCCAGAGAACGUGACCCUGGCACUUCCUGCUAGUGCCGUUAUUAAAAACAUGUCAGUGGACAAGUGUGUUGACUUGUGCACAGAGAAAGAAUUCUCUCUGGCAGCCUUGGCUGGUGAAAAAUGUCACUGUGGAUUUCCUACUUCGCUCUUCACCCUGCAUGAGCAUGAGGAUGAGGAACUGUGUCUCCAGCACUGUGCAGGAGAAGACUUUGAGAGCUGUGGAAACAAUGACUUCUUUGUAGUGUACCAGACCCAGGUGCAAGAUAAUCGUUGUAUGGACCGGCGCUUUUUACCCACUCGUUCCAAGCACCUAGUGGCACUAGCUAGUUUCCCAGGAGCAGGGAAUACAUGGGCCCGUCACCUGAUUGAGCUGGCCACGGGUUACUACACCGGGAGCUACUACUUUGAUGGCUCACUGUACAAUAAAGGUUUCAAAGGGGAGAGAGAUCACUGGCGCAGUGGUAGAACCAUAUGCAUCAAGACCCAUGAGAGCGGCAAGAAGGAGAUCGAGGCCUUCGAUGCCAGCAUUCUUAUGAUCCGCAAUCCUUACAAAGCACUCAUGGCAGAAUUUAACCGCAAGUAUGGUGGCCAUAUUGGAUUUGCCUCUCAAGCUCAUUGGAGGGGGAAAGAGUGGCCAGAGUUCGUGAAGAACUACGCUCCAUGGUGGGCAUCCCACACACUAGACUGGCUGAAAUAUGGAAAGAAAGUUCAAGUGGUACACUUUGAGGAUUUAAAACGGGAGCUUUUCUCUGAGCUAAAAGGCAUGGUCAUCUUUCUGGACCUAGAAGUCUCAGAGGACCGCCUGCUGUGUGUGGAAGGACAGAAGGAUGGGAACUUCAAACGCUCUGGGCUGAGGAAGCUGGAAUAUGACCCUUAUACACCAGAGAUGCGUGCAACUAUUGACGGGCUUAUUAAGACCGUGGACACGGCACUCAGAAAGAGAAACCUGUCUGGUGUACCCGAGGAGUACAGACCCAGAUGAUACCCAUCUCUUCAUUUACUUCAAAACCAUUUUCCCCCUAGAAUAUGAAAUUGUUUUCAUUCUCCUUGACUGCUUUCAGUUUUACGAAUUGUGUAGUAUGUAUUGCACAAAUGAACUGCUGAAAAACUGUUUGCCCUUUCAUUAAUAGUCUACACUACAUAGUAAGCCAUGGGCUUGUGCAACAAUUUGCUUUGAGUUUAAUCACUUUGGAUCUAUCUUCCUUAGGCCAAUAUAAGUGUGUGACUCAUUACGGGAAAUGACUGUUCACGCUUCUUAUGAAAGAAGUGUCCGUUGCCAUCAAGACAUCCGGGACAGCUAUUUAGAUAAACUCAUGAUAUGUGUUAGAAUAAUUUAUUAAAUCAGCUUUUCCUUCAACUACUGGACUAAACUAUGAUCAGUUAAGCACUUCAGUCUCAUUGGGAAUAUCUGGACAGCGAUGUUCAUUUUUAACAUCUGAACCCCAGUUUCCUGUUACCACAAAUAUCUGGAAAUUGCUUUCAGAUGUUAUGAUGCUUCUUAGAUUUGAUAUGGACCACAAAAAUCCUCAAGUUAUACCACGUGAUCAGAUAAAUGCAUGGGCAACUCAAAAACACGUUGUCUGGUACUUGCGUUCAGUGAUUUGCAGGCAAAUUGCAGCCCUUAUCGAGCUAUCGGUUUAGAUGAAAGCAACCAAAUUCUUCUGUUUUGUGUUUAGAGCACUUCUACGUUGAGAUUGUUCCAUUGAGUUAAUUGAUUUCUUUUUUCUUUUUCUUCUCACUGAGGUUUUAAGAUGUAUUUGCAGUGGGUGAUAAAAAAGGGGGCUUCUUGUAAAUUGCUUAAAGAGACAUUAACUGACCCUUUACCCCUUUUAUUGUUUGAAUCUGUUAAAGGGAUACUGUAGUUUUCCCCAAAAUGAAAAUGCAUUCAGUAAUAUUUUUUUUACACAUUAAAUACAUAAAAAGAGUUGUGUAUCAAUACUUGGAUUUACAUGAAGAUGUGUAAAUGAUGAACUAUCCCUAUGUGCAAACAGCUUGAUCAAUUUAUGUCCCAGGUUAGAUUGUGAGAGAAUAGUUGCACAGCGCACUGAAUAACUUCCCCACAAAAUCCAAUAAUUUUACAUUUUCAUUAGAUGCCAGGCUUUGGAUGCAGAAAUAUUCAGAAUUAUUUUUGUUUUUUGCCAGUGUUUAAACUGCAGGAGGUUUUAUUCAAAACAUUAAAUCAGCUUUAUUUAAUAAUCUUGAAGGGGUGAAAACAAGUAUGAAGCAAUGUUCUAAAGAGACUAAAAGCACCUCAAAGGUAAAUUUCUGCUUCUCAGAGACCUAACAAAUAACAUUCAAUAUAUGUAAAUACACAUAUAUAUUUUUGUAAUGCUCAUUAGGAGAAUGACUUUAAAAGACAAAGCACCACCUAUAUUUUUGAAAAGGCUUUUAAAUUUGAGCAUUACAUGCUUUUCAUUUCAAAAAGGAACUGAAGUGUCUUUCUGAAUGUAUUUUGUAUGGAGUGAAUGUAAGGAAUUUCUUGUAAGGAAGGGGGUAAUUGCCAGAAAUGCAAAGGGAAUUAAAUAAUUGCAAUUGCAACAAGAUUUUUAUUAUAAUUGUAAGCUGAGAGAACUGUGUGAAAUAUAUGGAAAGGUUUCCCAUUUGUUUGAAUGGUGCAUCAAAUCAGAUCAAUAAAUUGUAAUGCCCUCAAA